CCUGCGUUGUCACGACAACGUCAAGUGGUUGUGACAACAAUUCCUAGUUACGAAUGUGACAGAAAAUGACAAUAAACUAAUUUUUAUUUUUUUAUAAGUAAGUGGAUAUAACUUUUAUCGAUUUUAUAACAAUCACAUGAUAAUGAAUGAAAUUCCGGAAUUGAAGGAUGAUUUAGCUUUUUUAAAAAAAUUCGACGCUCGGGGUAAAAUCUGGCAAGACAUCGACGCGACUAAUUCGAAAGGAAAGCCGAAGGUACGUUCUAAUUUUCUCUUGCAUCCCAGACGGUUUAGUUCCGAGUCUGAGUGUUCCUCGACUUUGCAAACGCCCAGAAGGUUCUUAAGCGGAACGGUGCUGAAAACAACCCUCGAGCAGAACAACAAUGUGAAAAAAGAAUUUGAUUGUAACACGAAAUCAAAUAUGAGAAUUGACAGUGGCCCCAUUGAGAGUGACAUUGGCGAGAGUAAAAACAGCCCCACUUUAUCAAACCCUAAAACUGCAACUACGUUACGGAAACAGGUACGGCCUGCGUCCGUACGUGUUGAGAACUUUGAUAAGAAGUUCAAGACUUUGGUCGAACGCAGUUUGAAACUUCUCACGAACAUUCGACUGUUGUUUGAAGAGGGGAUUUCGCCCCCUGAUGGGGAGGAGGACUGCAUGCGCCGAUUUAAAAGACUGCAAGAAUUCACUUCCAGAUUUUCACGAAUUUAUCUCUACCCUCUAUUAAGACACAUGGACGAACUGAGUUUACCCGAAAAACUCGGGACCGCCGUAAUCAACCAAAAACUCCUCUCAGCGCAACAAGUAAUUCUCCAAGCGCUGCAAGCCUACCACACCCAUUUGCCCAGCUCUAUUGGUAAAUGCGGCUCAGAUAAACUCAAAUCGCUCCUGGAGCAAACCCUCUACUUGUGCCAAAUCUACGACUUGUUGAAAAAAGAUACAAACCUCGAAACUGCCGAAUUUAUAAACGCGAUGCGUAACCACGUCGAGCUUUUAUUAGAAGCUCUGAAAAACUUUGAUUUGAAAUUCAUCGAGAAAAAAAGCAAUGAGUCAAUCAAAAAGAAACCCUCAAAGGCACAAUGUCCGAAACCAAAAUCCAAACUCUCAAUGUAUGCGGCGAAUUCUUCGUUCCGGAAGGAUCUGGAGUUGAAGAAAGCCCUCCAGACUUUAGCGAAGAAGAAAUUUAGCGUUAAGUCGAGGUAUAAGACUGCUACUUUUAAGCACCGGCCGCCUGUUGAAAGGCCACGAGGGACGGAAGAGCAAGGCAAAAUGAAGCUGUUUUCUAGGCAUUCCGGAAAUUUGAAAAGUACACCGGUGCGGUCGCCUAUUAGAGAGGAUGAUAUCAAAACCAUGGUCGAAGUUGACUCCGAGUUUGAGGCCCCACCCAACACUGGAGAGAAUCUGAAUCAUGAAAACAGCAUUGCUUCCAGCCGACAACUGGUACAAGAUAGCGAUCGGGAUGGAACCGAGGUGGAAAAAGCACUACAAGUUUUGAAAAAAUUCCUCGGCAAUUCAGAAGAGGCGCAAAAAGAGUUUUUGAAAAAAAUCGCCACUCAAGUCGAAAAAGAAAAGAGCGACAAAGCGAAAAAGAAACUAGAGCCCGUGGUGACGGUCACGGGUGCGAAAAACGCCAAACUGAUUUGCAUCAGAGACGACAAUUCCGUCGUGGAAGACGAUUGUAAAAGAGACAAGGAGAUAAUGACCGACGCUGAAAUCAGAGUCACAUCUUCGGAAACUCAAACGGAGUUGAAAAAAGUCCAAAGCAAGUCAGUCGUGAAAAUCAGCCGACUUCCAAAAGCCAACAGGAUGUUGCAAUUGCUGCCAAAAGAGAGCGCAAUUAAUAUUAUUCAAUACAAAUUGCAAUACGGCCAGUUUCGUAAACAUGAUCCCAUGUAUAGGAAAUCGGCACACAUCCAGCCUUGGGUUCUCAUGGGACGGAUCUCGGAUGACUUGCUGGACUUUAUCCUGAAAUCAGUGACGGGAGAGUUGGAAGUGAACGAGAUUCUCGAAAACUUAUACAACGCCGAGUUCCAAUACUGACACUAUUUUAUAUUUUUGUAAUAAAAUAAAACAUAAUUUACUCAAGAAA